AUGCCGAAAGUUAUCGAUAUACGCUUUGAGCAUCAUGAAGCGAGUGAUAUUGGCAUAGGGGAAGAUUGCCCGCGCAUUUCAUGGAGCUACAUAGGCGAGGAUCAGGAUUGGAUACAACAGUCUUACACCAUCGAAAUUUCGCGCCAUGGGAUCACGAACACCUAUGACUCUAGUUCAAAUCAAUGCCUCUUUGUUCCGUGGCCUGAAACACCAUUGCUGUCUACGGAAGUUGCCCUCGUUCGGGUUCGCGCUUCGGAUGAGCGGGGGAACCUGACAGAGUGGUCUGACGUUGCAAAAGUUGAGGCUGGCCUGCUCCAUCAGGAAGACUGGAAAUGCCAUCUGAUUGAAGCCGAGUCCGCAGACUGGACGGAGAAUUAUCAUCGGCCGACAAUCUUCAGACGAGAAUUCUCUCUUCGUCAACAAAUCCGUCGGGCUCGUCUUUAUAUCACUUCUCAUGGCAUUUAUACCGCUAAGCUGAAUGGACGCUCGAUUGGCGACCACGUUUUGUCACCGGGAUGGACCAACUACAAGAACCGGCUCACAUACCAAACAUUCGAUGUUUCCUCCCAUGUGGGUACCGACCUCAACACACUCGAUGUCACCGUUGCUCCAGGGUGGUACUGUGGGCGUCUUGGCUGGCGUGCUGGCAAGACGAAUGUAUACGGUUCCGCCCUUGGACUUAUUGCUCUCCUCCAAGUUGAGUACGAGGAUGGUGAGUCCAUUGUGUUGGGAACAGACAGCGGUUGGCAAUGGGGAUAUGGUCCAACACUCUCUUCCGAGCUGUAUGACGGUGAAGUGUUCGACGCAAACCAGUCUUUGUCGCAGCUCACCCAGUGGGGGAAUGUCACUUGCAAACCGAUAAUUGACCGCCUUGCAUCUCCGGAUGGUCCACCGAUGAGGCGCACGCAAGAGAUUCAACCUAUUGCAAUCUUGAAGAGUCCAUCUGGCCAGUCUAUCAUCGACAUGGGGCAAAACAUGGUGGGUUGGCUCCGAAUUAAGGUGGCUGGAGGUAGUGCAGGACACCAAAUCCAGCUGCAAUUCGUUGAGGCCUUGGAAAAUGGGGAAUGCGCCACCCGCACGUUGCGGGCUGCAAAGGCCCGAGACACUGUAAUCUUGGGUAGCGAUGGCACUCUCGAAUGGGAGCCGAAUUUCACGUUCCAUGGUUUCCGGUACGUGGGAGUGGACAACUGGCCAGGUACCCUGACAACGGAUUGCGUGAAGGGAAUUGUGGUCCAUACGGAUAUGACCAAAACAGGGUCUUUCUCGUGUUCGAAUCCUCUGCUCAACAGACUUCAUGAAAAUAUCAUCUGGUCGAUGCGAGGAAACUUUCUAGGAAUACCGACCGACUGCCCACAGCGAGACGAACGACUGGGUUGGACUGGCGACAUUAAUGUCUUUGCCGACACAGGGAAUUAUCUCUACCGUACGGGAGGCAUCCUGAAGACUUGGCUCGAUGACCUCAAGUACGAACAGGAGGAGGCAGGAGGAAUUGUACCGCUGGUGGUCCCAAAUGUGAUUGAUGGCUUCGAUCAAGAUGCACAUGCAAUCUGGGGAGAUGUCUCCGUGAUGCUCCCUUGGUCCUUGUAUCGAGCCACCGGCGACCGAGAGGUCCUAUCUCGACAGUAUACGAGUAUGAAGGCCUGGUUGGAUGUCAUCCCACGUCGUGAAAAUCUAUUAUGGAACUAUACUGCCGACUGGAAACUUGGAGACUGGCUUGAUCCUGCUGCUCCUCCUGAUGACUGUGGAAAAGCAACCACCAACCCAACUUUCGUUUCGGAUGCAUUCCUCGCUCAUAUAACAACAUUGAUGACAGUCAUCAGUGAGAUCUUAGAGGAGAAGGCAGAUGUACAGGCAUACACGGUCGCGUCGGAGAAAAUUCGAUCCAUCUUCGCCCACGAAUACAUCACCCCCGCUGGCCUUGUGGCCAAUUGCACACAAACCGCGUUCGCUCUUGCAAUGCAGUUUAAUUUGAUUCCAUCCGAAAAGCAAGAAUUAUACGCUGGUCGCUACCUCUCUAGUAUUAUACUUGAAAGUAGCCGAUACAAAAUCGGCACAGGGUUCGCUGGUACCCCAUACAUCGGCCACGCUUUGUCCAAAGUUGGGCAAACAGAUAUAUUCUACCGCAUGCUCCUGUCUCGGAAAAAUCCAAGUUGGCUAUAUCCUGUGACCAUGGGUGCUACUACGAUGUGGGAACGUUGGGAUAGCUUACUUCCGGAUGGAUCCAUCAAUCCAGGAGAGAUGACCAGCUUCAAUCACUACGCCUUGGGGGCUGUUGGGAGCUGGAUGCAUAGUGUCAUCCUCGGAUUCCGCAUCCAGGAAGCCGGCUGGAAGGGCAUCAAGAUCGAACCUGUCCCAGGAGGUGGUUUGAAAUGGGCGGAAGGUGAAUACCUGAGCGGAUAUGGAAUGUACAGAGUUAGGUGGGUGAUUAUACAGGAUUCAAAGACGCAGGAUGAGAGUCUCUCGGUUGAGAUUCAAGUCCCCCCCCAAUACCACGGCGGACGUCAAGUUGCCGGGAUCGGAGGAUGUGAAACGUGUUGGAUCAGGAUUGCACAGAUGGACAGCCCCAUACAAGUCAACUCAAUGGCCACCAGAGCCAUUGUCUUUACCAUUCGGUGA